GUUGGCAUCAGACAUAAAAGGUUCAUCCUCAUUAAUGUUCAACAGAAACUGUCAGCUGACUCUCUUUGGCCUGCUUGAUAUAAUGAUGAAGUUUCUGCCAACCUGCACCACAGAGGACCUUAUCGGCUGUAAAGAUGCGUGGGAUCUUUGCUAACUGUGUCCUGGCAGCACUGCUGCUGGCUGGAACCUGGGCAGACCACCACCAGAACCACCACGCUGACUUUGCCUUUGCCCUGUACAAAAACCUGAAUGCCAAGACUCAGGCCGGAAAGAACAUCUUCUACUCACCACUGGGCAUCUCCACCGCCCUGUCCAUGCUGUCUACAGGGGCUGGAGGUGACACCCACAGCCAGCUGUUCUCCACUCUGGGCUACGGCGCCUUAAACCAGAGUCAGGUCAAUGAAGGCUUCCAGCAUUUUUUCCACAUGCUUGGCCACAGCCAGGAGAACCAGAAGCUGGAUAUUGGUAACGCUGUUGUAUUGCGCGCUGGUUUCAAUCCUUCUGAGAAUUUCUUGAAAGAAAUCAAAGAUUACUACUCCGGCCACAUCUUCAAUGUUGACUUAAUCAAACCUGCUGAGGCUGUAGCCGAGAUCAAUGCGUACAUCAGUAAUAAAACCCAUGACAGAAUCAAAGAUAUGGUGAAGGACUUGGACCAGGACAUGGCUAUGAUGCUCAUUAACUAUGUCUACUUUAAAGGAGAAUGGGAGGAGCGCUUCAUCAAAUUCUUGACACGCAAAGCAGACUUCCAUGUGGACGACACCACCAAAGUUCAGGUGGACAUGAUGACAGGAAGAGGAAACUACGACAUCUACAAUGAUGCUGACAACCACACUACCAUCAUCAUGGUCCCGUACAAAGGAAGCACCUCCAUGAUGAUCGUUCUGCCUGAUAAAGGCAAGAUGAAGGAGGUGGAGGGAUACAUCAGCAAGGAACACCUCAGACACUGGAGAAACUCAGUAUCCCAGCGCUCAUUUCUCUUGUAUUUGCCAAAAUUUUCCAUCUCUGUUGCUGCUUGUCUGGGAGACACAUUGAAAGAAUUGGGCAUAACCAAAGCUUUUGAGGACAAUGCUGAUUUCUCUGGGAUAUCGGAUGAGACUAUGCUCAAAGUCUCAAAGGUUUCCCACAUGGCUUCGCUGAGUGUCACCGAGACGGGAACAGAGGCAGCAGCCGUCACCAUCCCUCAGGUGAUGGUAGUGAGCGCGCUACCACAUGUCGUAAUUGACCGGCCCUUCUUGGUUUUUAUCAUGGAGAGGUCCGCUAGGAGCAUCCUCUUCAUGGGCAAGAUCAGUAACCCAACACUCAUGUAAACCUGUACACUAGUGAAAUGAGAAUCAUGAUCAACAGUAUCACCAUGAGGAUCCUAUACUGAUGCUGUAGUACUUGUAUAUUUACUUGUACCUGCGUAUCUUUGCAGGGCACUCUACAAAAAUACUAUUAAAGAACACAUUCUCGAAAA